AUGGAACCCGAGACAGAAGAGGCACUGCUAAGUUGUCGUGAGAGACUCUACGAGACAUGUAUCAGAGACUUGUCUAGUAAUGGCCGCAAACAAGUCUACUCUGACAACAUGAGUUUCGAAGAUCUAGAUAAUUGGCGGAGGGAGGUUAUGCCAGAGAUACUCAGAACACGGUACAUCAAAAAGCAGAGAAUGUGGCUUGAAAAGGCUGAACUGGAGAAGCUCAUGGAGUGGAAACUGUCCAGAGGAAAAUUUCGUCCCACGCUGCCAAAGCUGAUUCAAAGCAAUGAUCCAGACAAAGUUCGAGAAUUUAGUGAACAGGCAUUCAAUGUGAUAAUUGACUACUGCGACUCGGGGCACGAUAACGACAGUGAAUUCAUUAGCGUAGUGAGAAAGUCUAUGGAAUUUGUUUGCAAACUAAGGGGUGUGGGCCCAGCUACAUCCACGAUAAUCUUAUCACUAGCAGGUCCAACUUUGCGGAAAACUACUGAUUUUGGUCUUCGGGACACCCCUUUUUUCUCAGAUGAGGUGUUUGAGAUCCUCAACCAGGACCAUGGCAAAAUCAAAUACUCUACAAAGGAAUAUCUUGAGCUUCUCCUGCCCAAGCUACUGCUGUUCAAAACACGAGAGCUUCAAAAAAUUGAGGAAGCUCUAUGGUGUCUUCGCAGAGCAGACAAGAUUCAUGGAAAACUGGAUGACGCACUAGCUAAUCUUUUGAUCUCCGUCCGUAGGGGAACACGAGCUGAUCAAAUGGUGACCGAACCUCCAUUAAAACGCCGCAGAAAAUAG